AUGAUUUUUUUUCUUAUAACUCAUUUUAGUCUGCCUUCCGAUUGCGUUGCACCCUGGGCACGCCGUGGAGCAUUAGGCCUUGCGCGUCAUGUGCGCCAGAUCGUUCUGCGACCCCACUUCGAUGCUGAUCGACUGGCAAGCCGUCGCGUAAUCACUACAGCCACUAGCGCCUCAGCUGCAGCAGCUGCAGCUUCGGGCUUAACUGGUUCAGUCUCAUCUUCAGCUACGGGAACAUCUGGUCUUGGUAGAACUACCUCGAGCGCCACUGCUGGAGGAAUCUCCUCUUCUUCAAGCACUCUUCCUUCUAGCAACCAGUCUCAUUUCGAGAGCCUCUCUCGGCAUCAGCGCAACUGGAUGCUGGACAUCGUGUUCGAGGGCCCUCUUCAUACUCAUCCUCAUACCUGUCUUGGUGCCGGCCGUCCUCCUUUAUCGGCUCGGAGGCAAGUAGCCAAUACUCACGAAAAUGCUAACACAGGCGACAUUGCACUACCAUCUUCCGGGCUUAUUACAGAACCUUGUUGGCCAAUCCGAGGAAUAUCACAAUGGAACUCGAACUCUAGUCAUCAGCCAGCCAACUGCCAACUUUACGGUCGUCGAAGCCACCCUAGAAACCGGGACAGGUAUCAUAUGUGCAGGCGACUGUUGUCAUCGAGGCCAACCAAGGUGCUACAGCAUCAGACAGCUGAGUGGCCAGCCGGCCGUUUGGAGGACUUGGCUCAAGUGGUUGCUUACGUGCAACUCGAGUGGGCAAGCCUUGCUGCAAUGCACACUCUCUGUCAGCCAAUUAUCCGACGUCCAAGUUAUCCCGUUCUUAACCUGCCACAAAUACAGCCGGAACUACGAUUUUAUGUAGGAUAUCUUAUUACAGCGGUCAAACUCAAAUGUCAUCUAUCUACAACUAGCCGCUAA